CCCUGAAAAUAUUAAUGAUCUCUUCGAAGAAGUUAGUACGUCUGACACCAAUAGUCAAGUAUCUCAAGAAACUAAUACUAUUGAUUUGCCGUCCCAAAGUAAUUAUAGGCCAAGAAGAACAAAGAGUUCAGCAAUUUGGCCCUAUUUUGACACUGAAACAGCUGCCAAUCCUGGAGAUCCUGUAUGCCUAAAGUGUAAAAAAGUUUUUUCAAAGACCACUAGUAUUUCAACUUUACGAAGGCACCUUAAUAAACAUAAAAUUAUGGCACCUGCACGACGUCAAACUAUUCUCCGUUUUCCUAGGACAGAUCCAUAUAGUGAUAACGAGCAAAGAAAAAGAAACAAAAAAUUGAUUACCUGGAUUAUUGCUGACCAACAACCCUUUACCGUCGUUGAGAAUCAACAUUUUAACGAAUUUAUCCAUUUAAUUGAUCCUCAGUAUAUAGUUCUAACACAACAAGCUGCAAAAACAAUGAUCAUUGAUGAAUUUGAA